CGCAGGACUCUGACUGGGGGCGGCUGGAGGGAGGGGACAACACCUCGAGGAAGAUCAAAACCUGCGUCCGGCCUCCCAGUGUGAGACGAGAAGAGAGGGUAUGAGGAGAGAGACAAAGCCUGUUGUGCAGUCGCGAUACGAAGUUUUAACAGCGUUGUGUGGUGAAGCCUGCACAUUGUUUAAUUCUCAGAGCCUGCUAGCGAGACGUUUGUUCUCUGGUACUCAUCAUCAGGCCUGAGAUUGCUUUUGAGAGGCAGAAAUAAUACAUUAUUGUUCUUUUGUUCAUAGUUGUGAUUGUAAGCAAGCACAAAUAACUGGAUUUUCAGCAUCCAGCUGAUGUGAUGGGACCAAGCAAGCCAACUAUGUCUGUUGCUACAUUUGCACUCACUACCCAGCUACACAGGAAUGAAACAAAGGCUUUACAAACACAGCUCCAGUUUAAUAAAAAUGUUCCUGCUGUUCCAGAGAAGUUGGCUCUCAGAUUCUCUAACCCUCAUCCAAUUAUAAUAGAAAAAGUGAAGGCAUCCAGUGAUCAAAGAAAUGUAGAUGGAAGUGAGGACCCCAGAAGCUCUGGCAUGUUUUCAGUGAUAUCAGAAGAGAGGCUAAAACUGGCUAUUCAGCUAGCCAAAAGGGACAUAAAACGAAGACAUCUUGAAGACCAAGUGAAACAGCAAGUGUUUGGAGAUGCUAUCAAAAAAAUGUUGUUGUCCCAGAAGUCCCAACAGCAGAAGACUGAGGUAUUUGAAAGUCCAGAAAAUAAAAGUGCACUGGAGUCUCAGACUGGCUUGAAAUAUCAGCAGAAACUUGGGCAGCCUUCCAAAGUGGAGACUACUGCCUCUGGUGCUAAAAUUUAUCUCUACACAACAAAUGAGGGAAAGCUAAUACCAGCUGUUUUGGACUCUUCGCUGACACAUAACAGAGGAGCAGACCCCAAGCAAAGUAUAAACAGAAAAGAAGAUAAAAAUAUGCAGGAAGUCCGGCGGCUGCAAAAGGAAUUGAGGAGCUGUGUUCAGAAAAUUGAAGAAGUGACUAAAAAAGGGAAAGAGAGAGAAAUUUUAGAUCCUGAUGAAGAGCAGCGACUCUGUGCUAGGAGACAGAAACAAGCUGCGCGGUCAGCUCGGAUGCUCUAUGUACUCCAGCAGCAGGUAAAAGAAAUAGAGGAUGAUUUAGAGAAAUUGAGUCCUCAUAAAAUCAAACAUACUAAAAAGUCUCGAGCAGUGUCCAGAUUGGCAGCAGCACAGAGAGGAGCUGUACGAGCGUUGCAGGCAUUUGCCAGUCAGUUUACAGAUCAAACAGAGCAGCAGAUCCCUACCCACUACAAGGAACUGGGCAGUCUCAUUCGACAACUGUCUUUGUGUUCUGCCAAACUAGAAGCGGAUUCUUCCAUUUCUGACAUUAUCAUAGAUAUUUUGCUGCAGGUCGAGGAUUUGAAUUCACUGCUAGCAAAGAAAAAAACACCUCAGAAAGUGAAGAAAUGCAUUUCAGCAUUUCAUGGUAAAUCUCCAAGGAACACUGAGACAUUUCUAAUCACAAAGCAGCUGACAUCUCCAAGAGGAGAAAGCAAACCUCUCAUCUUAAAGAGACAGCAGGGCCAACAGCCUAGAAAAUCUCUAGCUACCAGGAGUCUGCUGACUGCAGUUCAGAAGGCAGACAGUUGUGCUCAUGUAUUGCACAGUAAGUUCCAAGAAGAAAAUGACACACCUACUCCAGAGAGAAAUGCCACUUUACGAGGAAGCAUAGAUGCAUUGGUGCCAGCUAGAGCUGUAAAAAAAGAUCCCAUACUUGAACGAGGCCAUUUGAAGAAGAAAGGCAUGUUAUUACCUGCAAAAUCACAGGGAAUGCCAAAAUCUCUAAAAUCAAGACAAAUACAGCCUAAAGGAAAGCAUGCCCGAUUUCAAGAGGCAACGAUAGCUUUUCAGCUAAAAGAGAAUAAACAGCUUGUUAAGGAGAGCAGAAAACCCUGUGUACCUCUUCACCCUGCAUCUCCACCUGUUUCACCAAAAAGGUCCAAGUAUUGUCUGGGAAUCACAGGCCAAACUCUUCUAGGCAAAGCACUGAAACACACAGCGUGCAGAAUGGACACUCACACUGCAUUAAGGGGACUAGCAUCCCUUGAAGAAGGAGCUUCAAGAGGAGUAAAGAUUCCAACUGACCUUAGCAGCAAAGAAAUGAAAAAAAUACAGAAGUUAAGGUCAUUAAGUGUUUCUCCGGUCCAGUAUGAAGAUAAAAUUCAGAAGGCAGUACAGGAGCACUUAGAACCUCUCUUAGAUGGGACACAGGUUGUAGCAAAUGCAGUUACUCUGAGCGAAAAGCUAUUGGAUGAUCUUCUGGAAGAUACUGCUCAGGAGCUGUGGGGUAUAGAGCAACAUGAGAGACUUCAGUCUGAGGCACUGGCUAAGACUGACACUGAUAGUCUGGAGUCAAUGUUGCAAAGAAUGGAAGAAAUUGAAAGAUACCAGGAGGCUGUACGCAGGAGAUUCACCCAGAUUGUGUACAGUGAUUCAGAGUUCUGGGCCCAGAAAAACAAAAUGGAGCAUGAAAUUUCACGGACAGCUGACAGACCUACAUAUCCUCAUCCAAUUCAGAUAACCAACUUAAUUGGAUGCACAGAGCAAGAAAUGAACACUUUAUUUGGAAAAGUUGGUAGCAAUGAUAGUGAUAUUGAUGAAAACAAAGAAGCAGAGGAGAAAUUGCAGACUGGAAAUUAUAUUCUGCAGCCCCUGACUCGGAAUUGUCUACAGAAAGCAUGCCAUGUGUCUUUCUCUGUGCCAGAGUAUAUGCUUCAGAAUAUCUUCGAUUAUAGAAGCAGAUACAAGCAUCACUUAAAGCUUAUUUCCCAUGAGGCAGUAGGCAAUUUCAAUCCAUGGCAGAUUGCUGAGAGUCUUGCAGAACAACUAAGAGAAGCCCUAGGUGAUGUAGCAGCAGAGCUGCAGGAGUUUGUGAGGAUUAUGCAGAAGCGGUGUUUCACAUCAGAGUUUUUGCAGCCAGUGCAGUAAACGCUGUUCAAAUCUGCGCCUUUAUUAAGGCAACAUCAGCCUCAGCCUGACAGUUUUACAAAUGAUCUCGGUUUUUAUGAUUUUUUAAAGUCUGAGAGAUUCUGUUCACAAAUGAAUGAAGUUCAUCAGGAUUCGUCUCAGCUUUUUAUACAUCCAUUUCAUAAUGCUUUCUUUUUCAGACUUUAUUAUACUGCAUUUAUCAGGACUUAGGUUAACCAGUGUUUCAACAGACUGAACUGUUUGCAGAGGUAAAGCUUAUAUGUUUUUGUAUAGUUAUACAAAUGAAUUGGCAUCCUGUGUUACUUUUUUAUUAUGUGAUUUUACUAGCGUGAAACACUAGGAGGAGGAGUGGGUUCAAGUAAUGUUAUACUUACCUGUACUAUGCCUCAGUUUUCUCCUUUAAAAUGGAGAGAAUUUGAUUUACCUAUCUGGAAGGGAGCUAUGGGUCUUAGCUAAUUCUUCCUCGUAAAAUGCAUUGAAUAAUUGAUAGUUGUGUGGAAGAAUGAAGGGUUAUUGAUGUUCCUAAAGUCAAAAUGGAACAGUCCAGAGUAAAACUGUUUGGUUUGCUGUUUAGGGCUUUCAGUGUCAUGUAAAAAAGUACCUUACGCAUAGACAAAUGAGAUUUUUCAUUAGAAGCAUGUGAUAGAGAUUUUCAUCCUUUUUUUCUUAAAUAGUCUAAAUAUUAUAAUUUUAUCAGCAUUUACUGAUCCACCUCCACAUUCCUUACUCGUAAGAAACCCAUUGAAAUAAUGAACAACAUAGUAAACAGUUGGCACUUAUGCAAUAUUGAAUUAACUGGCUAAUUUCAAGUAAUCAAUUUACUAGUUUGGGUUAUGUCUGGGGAGAGCAUUAGGUAAUAAUUAUAUAGAAAUGGGAAUUCAACUCUUGAGGUAUCCCAAAACACAAUAAGACAGUCUGUUUUCUUUGACAAAUUUAGUUUCUACAAUAAUAUUCAACCUGUAACAAUAAUUUUUAACCUUCUAAGAUUAUUUUUAUUUCCUCUUAUCAGACCAUACAUUUAAAAAAUAUUUUUGUUUUUAUUGAAGCCUGGUUUACUAUUUUGUUGGUCUUGACAAUUUGCACCAAACGUAAAGAUCUAAAGAUGUAAAUAUAAAGAUGUAAAUGUACUGCUGAUGUGUGAUUUGAUAUGCGAUUUCUGUAAUUUAAAAAGCUAUCUUUUUUAUUUCUAAGAUGUGGUACAGCUAAGCCUAUUUUUAAGUCCAAAAGAUUAAAGCCACAGUGUCUCUGGACACACGUAGAAUGCGUUUGUGAAAGUAUUUUCAAGAUACUUUAUUUUUAAUAAACAAACUUGCUUCUUA